CAUUUCGUUUCAAACGGCCAUGUCGAAGUUUCAAAGCCAUGUCGAAGUCCGAUGGACCACUAUCGAUAAAUAUCGAGAAAUGGCAACGAAUUCCCGCAAAAAUUGAGAUGAAAACGUAAACGCGUGAACGCAAAGUUGAUAUACAAAGCAUCGAGAGUCAAGUAUUGAGUAUCAAGUUUGAUGCUAUAUAUUUGUCUAUAAUAAUAUUUAUUCUAUCGCGUGGUUAUACGAUCGUGUAAUAAAAUCGAAAAUGGAGUUGAAAUUAUGUUGAUCGAGGGUAGAAUGGCAAUGCUUUGUUUGGCGAGUAUAGAAAGUGUUAUUAUUGCAUCUCUCGUUAGAGGUUAGGUAGAAUGUCGAAAAAGUUGCCUAAAAGUCAAAACGGUCGACAGCCCAACCUACAGGGGUUUUUGAUAAAACUUAAGAAUAGAAAGCUUUCUCAGCUGCAGUCAAGUACUCCGAUAACAUCGAUUGAAAAAACAAAAAAUGAGGACGAGCACUUAUUUGAAUCUUCUGAACUGUGGAACAGUUUUGAAGAUAAGUGCACAUCAUCGAAGGAACUCAAUGAUGAUACUAAGAAAAAUGAUUUUAUCAUAUCGAUAAGCAGUUCGAGUGACUUAUCAGUUCCAAGUGCACAGCUAGAGCUAUCCAAGAUAAAGGAGAAUAAUAGCACUAUACAAACUAUUCAGGAUUCUAUAGAUUUGGAACAACUGAAUAAGGACCAUAAAUAUGAUAGCGAUAAUAUUAAACCGAGGAUAAAUUCUGAUAAUGCUAAAAAUGGCGAGGACAAAGAAAUGCAAAAGAAGGAACUGGAAACGGUUGAGUUACAGAAUGAAAAGAAUGAUGAUAAUUGGAGAAUUGAUCAAAGCAAUGCCAUAAUUGCUGGCAGUAAUAAUACAGUAUUAAAUGAUAAGUUUAAAAUGGUCAAAAGCAAAGCAAACUUCAUUUCAAAAGCAUUUUUAGAUGAUGACGAGAAAGUGCCAACUUCGCCAACUUUUAAAGUUUCAAGGAAAACUUCAAAAAACUCUUUGUCUAACAUUGCAAAAUUGAGGUCUAGAAAAUUAAUAAUUUCAGAUUCUGAAAGUGAUAGUUCUGAUUAUAAAUCAAGUCCCACAAAAAUAACCAUAGAUGAGGUUGAGAGUCCUGAUUCAAAAGUGAGUCUAAGAAGUGUAUCUAAACAUAUGAGUCCUAGUUUAAAAUCAAAUCAACGGCAGAUAAUUAGAAAUGAGAUCACUAGUCCUUGUUCAAAAGGUUCUAGCCCAAAAAAGACGCCGAUAAAAGAAUGGAAAGGGCCAGAUUUUAAAUUAGAUUUAAAACCACUAGGAAUUGAUGCACAACUAAAACCUUGGAUUGAAAAAAUAAGAAGUUUACCAGAGAUGACAUCCCAUCCAACAGCUACAAUUAUAGAAUUAGAAGAUAAAGUGCAAAAACUGAAGGAUAUACAAAUACAAGUUUUAGAAAAAUUUUGUACUGCAUUUAAUAUAAUUCCUAUACCAGUAUUAGAAAAGUUUCCAAAAUUUGACUUGGACACUCUUCAAAAUUUGAAGAUUAUAGGUCAACACGUGAAAGCAAAAAUUCGCCAAGUAGAAAGAAAGUUAGCAUUAGCAAAGGUUCGAGAGGAGAACUCAAAGAUGGACGUUGACGAUAUUGCAGAUGUUAGAUCACAGGAUUCCGAAAGCAAUAGAUCCACUACAGCACUUAAUAAUUCAUUUAAUAAUUUGGAUGGCAAUCAAAAUGGAGAACUUUCUCUAAAUGAAUGGGAUGAACAAAAAAAAUCCAGCCCAAAGAAAAGUAACUCCCAGUUAAAAGUGCUAACGGAAUCAAAAAAGUUUCCAAUUACUUCACAGGAACAAAGUAACAUUUCUACAACAGAGCUCGAUGACACGAGUUUUCAAUCAGCCGAUAUACAGCAGAAUACUUCAUUGUUUCAAUUAGAGGCAGAUUUAAGAGAAUCUCAUAUAUCUCCAUACGCACAUGAUAAUUCUAUUUCGGAAUCCGACGAUAUGCAGGUGGAAUCACCAGACUUGUCAAGAAAAAAGACUUUUCAAGUAAAGAAACCUACAAUUUUUGAAAAGAAACUUUCUAAGCUUCGUGAAAAACUGUAUGGAUCCUGUAGCAGCAAUAUCGGAAAGAUUGUUAAUAAUAAAGAAAUCAAAAUUCACAGUAUUCCGUCAAACAUAAAAAUAGAUGACUUUAAUACUGCAAAAGAAAUUACGAAAAUUCCGAAGGCAUUACCGAAAAGUCCAUUUAAAGAAACAAAUACAUCAUUAAUAAACAAACCUUCAUCAAGUACUAAGUUUUCGAAAGAGCAGGAUAAUUGGGAAGAGUUUGAUCAACCUGGAAAAUAUAUUAUUACUGAUGAUGUUUGGGAAAUAGAGGAUAGUUUAACACAAGAACUGGAACGGCUGCCUGCAUAUAAUUCUUCGACAAAAGAUACAAAGCCUAGCGCAGAGGGAUCUUCAAAGACCAAUAAACUCCCUUGCACUAGUGAAUCUUCUCAGAAUACUAAAAAUUCAUCAAAAGCUACAGCAGUUCCAUUUCAAAUGGGUCAGUUUACUGGAAAUUACAAGAACGAUGGUGUCAGUGGGGAAUUUGACAGUGACCAAUAUCCUCAUUCAAAAGAAAUGAUGAAGGUUUUCAAAGAAAAAUUUGGUUUGUACUCCUUCCGACCAAACCAACGGCAAGUCAUAAAUGCUGCAAUGUUGGGUUAUGACUGUUUCGUGCUGAUGCCAACUGGAGGCGGAAAGUCAUUAUGCUAUCAAUUACCAGCAAUUUUAACCCCAGGAAUUACCAUUGUCAUUUCGCCUUUGAAAAGUCUUAUUCUCGAUCAAGUUCAAAAACUUACUUCACUUGAUAUACCUGCUGCUCAUAUGUCAGGUAGCAUAUCGGACAGGGAAGCGGAAAGAAUAUACAGUGAAUUAUCCAAGAGGGAACCGGCUUUAAAGUUACUCUAUGUGACUCCGGAGAAACUGUCUGCAUCACAAAAAUUCUGUAAUACUCUUAAACUUUUGUAUGAAAGGAACUUGUUGGCCAGAUUUGUCAUCGAUGAGGCGCAUUGUGUAAGUCAGUGGGGUCACGACUUCAGACCAGACUACAAGAAACUAAGGUUACUUCGGGAUAAUUAUCCUAAAGUUCCUACAAUGGCUCUGACUGCGACGGCUACUCCAAGAGUUAGAACUGACAUUUUACAUCAAUUAAAUAUGACAUCUCCAAAGUGGUUCAUGUCGAGCUUUAACAGGCCAAAUCUAAAAUACUCCAUAAUAGCAAAGAAAGGAAAAAAUUGCUCUGAUGAAGUUAUUGCUACGAUAAAGACAAAGUACAAAAAUGAGUGCGGUAUAGUUUACUGUCUUUCACGGAAAGACUGUGACUCUUAUGCUGAGCAGUUUCGAACUAAUGGAAUUAGAGCAAUGAGUUAUCAUGCAGGUCUUACGGAUCACCAACGAACUGACAUCCAGAUACGAUGGAUCUCCGAAGAGAUUACCGUGGUGUGCGCAACCAUAGCGUUUGGCAUGGGCAUCGACAAGCCCAACGUUAGAUUUGUCAUUCAUGCCGCUCUUCCGAAAUCCAUCGAAGGUUAUUAUCAAGAAAGUGGUCGUGCGGGUCGUGACUCUGAAAAUGCGGAUUGCACGCUAUUCUACAAUUACGCUGACAUGCAUAGGAUUCGAAAAAUGAUAGAGUUCGAUUCAUCAAGUGUGGAAGUUACGAAAACACACAUGGAUAAUUUAUUUAGGAUGGUGGCGUUUUGUGAGAAUAAGACCGACUGUCGAAGAGUACAACAAUUAAAUUAUUUCGGUGAAAUCUUUCACCAGGAACAGUGCAUUGCAAACAAAUCAACCAGUUGCGAUAACUGCAGAAAUAAGGAACAAUUCACUAUGAUCGAUGUAACACAAGAUGCAAGAGAAAUUGUCAAAGCAGUUAGAGAUUUGAAUCAAAAUCGUAAACUAGGCCUUACUGUCGUAUUCCUCACUGACAUUUAUAAGGGAAGCGACAUUAAAAAAAUCAGAGAUGCAGGGCUUACGAAGCACCCACUCUAUGGCCGAGGAAAAUCUUGGAAUAGAGGCGACAUCGAACGGUUGAUACAUAAAUUGGUUAUCGAUGAUUAUCUUAAAGAAGACAUGUACAUUAACAAUGAGAUUGCAUGUGCCUAUCUAAAAAUAGGAAACAAAGUUAAGGAACUUAUGAUGGAUAAAAAUAAAAAGGUCAUCUUCCCAAUAAGAUCAUCCAAGUCUACAACUGUAGUAACAACCGUAUCUUCCGUUGCACAACCUGUGAACAAAGUCCUGAAGGAUCUACAAGAUCGUUGCUAUUCUGAUCUUAUGCACAUAAUAAGAGGAAUUGCAGCUUCGCUGGAAGUUUCUGCAUCAUCCAUUAUGAAUAUGAUAGCAAUAAGAGCUAUGAGUCAACAGUUGCCGGAGACAGAAGAAGCUAUGCUGCAAAUCCCUCAUGUAACCAAAGCCAACUUUGACAAAUAUGGGAAAGCUUUGCUGGAGAUUACAAAAAAAUAUGCUAACGACAAAAGUGCUCUUUUAAAUGAGGAGGAAGAGGACAAAGAAGAAGAGGAUGAUGACGAUACGUGGGACAAUUAUGGAAAUUCUGGAACCAGUAGCAGGGGUGGCAGUCGAGGUAGCAGGAAACGCAAAGGACGAGGUGCUUAUAGAUCUGGUGCUAAAAAAUUUAAAAGAGGAGGCUCUAGUUCAAGAGACAGGAAGUCCUCGACUAGAGGCCGUGGAAAAACAACUAGAGGUAGAGGAGCUGCAACGGCAACAAAAGGACCCGGUCUUGUAGGCUUCACUCAGAAUAAGCAGUUCCUUUCGGAUCCACAUCGAUACAUGCAUUUUGGUUAGCGAUCCACAAUGUAUCUGUACUUGCUUAUGUUAAGUUUGCAAAUCUGACAAAUUGCCCAGAAUCAACUGAAGUUCAGAAUAGCAAAUCACUUAAUAUUGGCAUUUUAGCCAUUCUGUAAAUUAAAAAAAUUUUUUUAUGUAAAUCUAUAAAUUAAUUAAUUAUAAUGACGCUGUGUUAUUCAAUAAUGUACAUAAACGAAUGAAGAUUUUCUUACAACAUUG